AUGGCAAGACACAGCAUCGGAGAAGGAAUUCAAGGUGAUCGUUCUACAAGAGGUAUUAGCACUGCGCAGAGUACUGAAGUGGUGGAAAAUGAAUUGGGUGCCAUCCGGAAAGUUGAACAGCGCCGGCCGAAGCGCCGGCCGAAGCGCCGGCCGAAGCGCCGGCCGAAGCGCCGGCCGAAGCGCCGGCCGAAGCGCCGGCCGAAGCGCCGGCCGAAGCGCCGGCCGAAGCGCCGGCCGAAGCGCCGGCCGAAGCGCCGGCCGAAGCGCCGGCCGAAGCGCCGGCCGAAGCGCCGGCCGAAGCGCCGGCCGAAGCGCCGGCCGAAGCGCCGGCCGAAGCGCCGGCCGAAGCGCCGGCCGAAGCGCCGGCCGAAGCGCCGGCCGAAGCGCCGGCCGAAGCGCCGGCCGAAGCGCCGGCCGAAGCGCCGGCCGAAGCGCCGGCCGAAGCGCCGGCCGAAGCGCCGGCCGAAGCGCCGGCCGAAGCGCCGGCCGAAGCGCCGGCCGAAGCGCCGGCCGAAGCGCCGGCCGAAGCGCCGGCCGAAGCGCCGGCCGAAGCGCCGGCCGAAGCGCCGGCCGAAGCGCCGGCCGAAGCGCCGGCCGAAGCGCCGGCCGAAGCGCCGGCCGAAGCGCCGGCCGAAGCGCCGGCCGAAGCGCCGGCCGAAGCGCCGGCCGAAGCGCCGGCCGAAGCGCCGGCCGAAGCGCCGGCCGAAGCGCCGGCCGAAGCGCCGGCCGAAGCGCCGGCCGAAGCGCCGGCCGAAGCGCCGGCCGAAGCGCCGGCCGAAGCGCCGGCCGAAGCGCCGGCCGAAGCGCCGGCCGAAGCGAGGCAACGAGAAAGGAGGCAACGAGAAAGGAGGCAACGAGAAAGGAGGCAACGAGAAAGGAGGCAACGAGAAAGGAGGCAACGAGAAAGGAGGCAACGAGAAAGGAGGCAACGAGAAAGGAGGCAACGAGAAAGGAGGCAACGAGAAAGGAGGCAACGAGAAAGGAGGCAACGAGAAAGGAGGCAACGAGAAAGGAGGCAACGAGAAAGGAGGCAACGAGAAAGGAGGCAACGAGAAAGGAGGCAACGAGAAAGGAGGCAACGAGAAAGGAGGCAACGAGAAAGGAGGCAACGAGAAAGGAGGCAACGAGAAAGGAGGCAACGAGAAAGGAGGCAACGAGAAAGGAGGCAACGAGAAAGGAGGCAACGAGAAAGGAGGCAACGAGAAAGGAGGCAACGAGAAAGGAGGCAACGAGAAAGGAGGCAACGAGAAAGGAGGCAACGAGAAAGGAGGCAACGAGAAAGGAGGCAACGAGAAAGGAGGCAACGAGAAAGGAGGCAACGAGAAAGGAGGCAACGAGAAAGGAGGCAACGAGAAAGGAGGCAACGAGAAAGGAGGCAACGAGAAAGGAGGCAACGAGAAAGGAGGCAACGAGAAAGGAGGCAACGAGAAAGGAGGCAACGAGAAAGGAGGCAACGAGAAAGGAGGCAACGAGAAAGGAGGCAACGAGAAAGGAGGCAACGAGAAAGGAGGCAACGAGAAAGGAGGCAACGAGAAAGGAGGCAACGAGAAAGGAGGCAACGAGAAAGGAGGCAACGAGAAAGGAGGCAACGAGAAAGGAGGCAACGAGAAAGGAGGCAACGAGAAAGGAGGCAACGAGAAAGGAGGCAACGAGAAAGGAGGCAACGAGAAAGGAGGCAACGAGAAAGGAGGCAACGAGAAAGGAGGCAACGAGAAAGGAGGCAACGAGAAAGGAGGCAACGAGAAAGGAGGCUACGAGAAAGGAGGCUACGAGAAAGGAGGCUACGAGAAAGGAGGCUACGAGAAAGGAGGCUACGAGAAAGGAGGCUACGAGAAAGGAGGCUACGAGAAAGGAGGCUACGAGAAAGGAGGCUACGAGAAAGGAGGCUACGAGAAAGGAGGCUACGAGAAAGGAGGCUACGAGAAAGGAGGCUACGAGAAAGGAGGCUACGAGAAAGGAGGCUACGAGAAAGGAGGCUACGAGAAAGGAGGCUACGAGAAAGGAGGCUACGAGAAAGGAGGCUACGAGAAAGGAGGCUACGAGAAAGGAGGCUACGAGAAAGGAGGCUACGAGAAAGGAGGCUACGAGAAAGGAGGCUACGAGAAAGGAGGCUACGAGAAAGGAGGCUACGAGAAAGGAGGCUACGAGAAAGGAGGCUACGAGAAAGGAGGCUACGAGAAAGGAGGCUACGAGAAAGGAGGCUACGAGAAAGGAGGCUACGAGAAAGGAGGCUACGAGAAAGGAGGCUACGAGAAAGGAGGCUACGAGAAAGGAGGCUACGAGAAAGGAGGCUACGAGAAAGGAGGCUACGAGAAAGGAGGCUACGAGAAAGGAGGCUACGAGAAAGGAGGCUACGAGAAAGGAGGCUACGAGAAAGGAGGCUACGAGAAAGGAGGCUACGAGAAAGGAGGCUACGAGAAAGGAGGCUACGAGAAAGGAGGCUACGAGAAAGGAGGCUACGAGAAAGGAGGCUACGAGAAAGGAGGCAACGAGAAAGGAGGCAACGAGAAAGGAGGCAACGAGAAAGGAGGCAACGAGAAAGGAGGCAACGAGAAAGGAGGCAACGAGAAAGGAGGCAACGAGAAAGGAGGCAACGAGAAAGGAGGCAACGAGAAAGGAGGCAACGAGAAAGGAGGCAACGAGAAAGGAGGCAACGAGAAAGGAGGCAACGAGAAAGGAGGCAACGAGAAAGGAGGCAACGAGAAAGGAGGCAACGAGAAAGGAGGCAACGAGAAAGGAGGCAACGAGAAAGGAGGCAACGAGAAAGGAGGCAACGAGAAAGGAGGCAACGAGAAAGGAGGCAACGAGAAAGGAGGCAACGAGAAAGGAGGCAACGAGAAAGGAGGCAACGAGAAAGGAGGCAACGAGAAAGGAGGCAACGAGAAAGGAGGCAACGAGAAAGGAGGCAACGAGAAAGGAGGCAACGAGAAAGGAGGCAACGAGAAAGGAGGCAACGAGAAAGGAGGCAACGAGAAAGGAGGCAACGAGAAAGGAGGCAACGAGAAAGGAGGCAACGAGAAAGGAGGCAACGAGAAAGGAGGCAACGAGAAAGGAGGCAACGAGAAAGGAGGCAACGAGAAAGGAGGCAACGAGAAAGGAGGCAACGAGAAAGGAGGCAACGAGAAAGGAGGCAACGAGAAAGGAGGCAACGAGAAAGGAGGCAACGAGAAAGGAGGCAACGAGAAAGGAGGCAACGAGAAAGGAGGCAACGAGAAAGGAGGCAACGAGAAAGGAGGCAACGAGAAAGGAGGCAACGAGAAAGGAGGCAACGAGAAAGGAGGCAACGAGAAAGGAGGCAACGAGAAAGGAGGCAACGAGAAAGGAGGCAACGAGAAAGGAGGCAACGAGAAAGGAGGCAACGAGAAAGGAGGCAACGAGAAAGGAGGCAACGAGAAAGGAGGCAACGAGAAAGGAGGCAACGAGAAAGGAGGCAACGAGAAAGGAGGCAACGAGAAAGGAGGCAACGAGAAAGGAGGCAACGAGAAAGGAGGCAACGAGAAAGGAGGCAACGAGAAAGGAGGCAACGAGAAAGGAGGCAACGAGAAAGGAGGCAACGAGAAAGGAGGCAACGAGAAAGGAGGCAACGAGAAAGGAGGCAACGAGAAAGGAGGCAACGAGAAAGGAGGCAACGAGAAAGGAGGCAACGAGAAAGGAGGCAACGAGAAAGGAGGCAACGAGAAAGGAGGCAACGAGAAAGGAGGCAACGAGAAAGGAGGCAACGAGAAAGGAGGCAACGAGAAAGGAGGCAACGAGAAAGGAGGCAACGAGAAAGGAGGCAACGAGAAAGGAGGCAACGAGAAAGGAGGCAACGAGAAAGGAGGCAACGAGAAAGGAGGCAACGAGAAAGGAGAGGCAACGAGAAAGGAGGCAACGAGAAAGGAGGCAACGAGAAAGGAGGCAACGAGAAAGGAGAAAGGAGGCAACGAGAAAGGAGGCAACGAGAAAGGAGGCAACGAGAAAGGAGGCAACGAGAAAGGAGGCAACGAGAAAGGAGGCAACGAGAAAGGAGGCAACGAGAAAGGAGGCAACGAGAAAGGAGGCAACGAGAAAGGAGGCAACGAGAAAGGAGGCAACGAGAAAGGAGGCAACGAGAAAGGAGGCAACGAGAAAGGAGGCAACGAGAAAGGAGGCAACGAGAAAGGAGGCAACGAGAAAGGAGGCAACGAGAAAGGAGGCAACGAGAAAGGAGGCAACGAGAAAGAAGGCAACGAGAAAGAAGGCAACGAGAAAGGAGGCAACGAGAAAGGAGGCAACGAGAAAGGAGGCAACGAGAAAGGAGGCAACGAGAAAGAAGGCAACGAGAAAGAAGGCAACGAGAAAGAAGGCAACGAGAAAGAAGGCAACGAGAAAGAAGGCAACGAGAAAGAAGGCAACGAGAAAGAAGGCAACGAGAAAGAAGGCAACGAGAAAGAAGGCAACGAGAAAGAAGGCAACGAGAAAGAAGGCAACGAGAAAGAAGGCAACGAGAAAGAAGGCAACGAGAAAGAAGGCAACGAGAAAGAAGGCAACGAGAAAGAAGGCAACGAGAAAGAAGGCAACGAGAAAGAAGGCAACGAGAAAGAAGGCAACGAGAAAGAAGGCAACGAGAAAGAAGGCAACGAGAAAGAAGGCAACGAGAAAGAAGGCAACGAGAAAGAAGGCAACGAGAAAGAAGGCAACGAGAAAGAAGGCAACGAGAAAGAAGGCAACGAGAAAGAAGGCAACGAGAAAGAAGGCAACGAGAAAGAAGGCAACGAGAAAGAAGGCAACGAGAAAGAAGGCAACGAGAAAGAAGGCAACGAGAAAGAAGGCAACGAGAAAGAAGGCAACGAGAAAGAAGGCAACGAGAAAGAAGGCAACGAGAAAGAAGGCAACGAGAAAGAAGGCAACGAGAAAGAAGGCAACGAGAAAGAAGGCAACGAGAAAGAAGGCAACGAGAAAGAAGGCAACGAGAAAGAAGGCAACGAGAAAGAAGGCAACGAGAAAGAAGGCAACGAGAAAGAAGGCAACGAGAAAGAAGGCAACGAGAAAGAAGGCAACGAGAAAGAAGGCAACGAGAAAGAAGGCAACGAGAAAGAAGGCAACGAGAAAGAAGGCAACGAGAAAGAAGGCAACGAGAAAGAAGGCAACGAGAAAGAAGGCAACGAGAAAGAAGGCAACGAGAAAGAAGGCAACGAGAAAGAAGGCAACGAGAAAGAAGGCAACGAGAAAGAAGGCAACGAGAAAGAAGGCAACGAGAAAGAAGGCAACGAGAAAGAAGGCAACGAGAAAGAAGGCAACGAGAAAGAAGGCAACGAGAAAGAAGGCAACGAGAAAGAAGGCAACGAGAAAGAAGGCAACGAGAAAGAAGGCAACGAGAAAGAAGGCAACGAGAAAGAAGGCAACGAGAAAGAAGGCAACGAGAAAGAAGGCAACGAGAAAGAAGGCAACGAGAAAGAAGGCAACGAGAAAGAAGGCAACGAGAAAGAAGGCAACGAGAAAGAAGGCAACGAGAAAGAAGGCAACGAGAAAGAAGGCAACGAGAAAGAAGGCAACGAGAAAGAAGGCAACGAGAAAGAAGGCAACGAGAAAGAAGGCAACGAGAAAGAAGGCAACGAGAAAGAAGGCAACGAGAAAGAAGGCAACGAGAAAGAAGGCAACGAGAAAGAAGGCAACGAGAAAGAAGGCAACGAGAAAGAAGGCAACGAGAAAGAAGGCAACGAGAAAGAAGGCAACGAGAAAGAAGGCAACGAGAAAGAAGGCAACGAGAAAGAAGGCAACGAGAAAGAAGGCAACGAGAAAGAAGGCAACGAGAAAGAAGGCAACGAGAAAGAAGGCAACGAGAAAGAAGGCAACGAGAAAGAAGGCAACGAGAAAGAAGGCAACGAGAAAGAAGGCAACGAGAAAGAAGGCAACGAGAAAGAAGGCAACGAGAAAGAAGGCAACGAGAAAGAAGGCAACGAGAAAGAAGGCAACGAGAAAGAAGGCAACGAGAAAGAAGGCAACGAGAAAGAAGGCAACGAGAAAGAAGGCAACGAGAAAGAAGGCAACGAGAAAGAAGGCAACGAGAAAGAAGGCAACGAGAAAGAAGGCAACGAGAAAGAAGGCAACGAGAAAGAAGGCAACGAGAAAGAAGGCAACGAGAAAGAAGAGGCAACGAGAAAGAAGGCAACGAGAAAGAAGGCAACGAGAAAGAAGGCAACGAGAAAGAAGGCAACGAGAAAGAAGGAAGGCAACGAGAAGGAAGGCAACGAGAAGGAAGGCAACGAGAAGGAAGGCAACGAGAAGGAAGGCAACGAGAAGGAAGGCAACGAGAAGGAAGGCAACGAGAAGGAAGGCAACGAGAAGGAAGGCAACGAGAAGGAAGGCAACGAGAAGGAAGGCAACGAGAAGGAAGGCAACGAGAAGGAAGGCAACGAGAAGGAAGGCAACGAGAAGGAAGGCAACGAGAAGGAAGGCAACGAGAAGGAAGGCAACGAGAAGGAAGGCAACGAGAAGGAAGGCAACGAGAAGGAAGGCAACGAGAAGGAAGGCAACGAGAAGGAAGGCAACGAGAAGGAAGGCAACGAGAAGGAAGGCAACGAGAAGGAAGGCAACGAGAAAGAAGGCAACGAGAAAGAAGGCAACGAGAAAGAAGGCAACGAGAAAGAAGGCAACGAGAAAGAAGGCAACGAGAAAGAAGGCAACGAGAAAGAAGGCAACGAGAAAGAAGGCAACGAGAAAGAAGGCAACGAGAAAGAAGGCAACGAGAAAGAAGGCAACGAGAAAGAAGGCAACGAGAAAGAAGGCAACGAGAAAGAAGGCAACGAGAAAGAAGGCAACGAGAAAGAAGGCAACGAGAAAGAAGGCAACGAGAAAGAAGGCAACGAGAAAGAAGGCAACGAGAAAGAAGGCAACGAGAAAGAAGGCAACGAGAAAGAAGGCAACGAGAAAGAAGGCAACGAGAAAGAAGGCAACGAGAAAGAAGGCAACGAGAAAGAAGGCAACGAGAAAGAAGGCAACGAGAAAGAAGGCAACGAGAAAGAAGGCAACGAGAAAGAAGGCAACGAGAAAGAAGGCAACGAGAAAGAAGGCAACGAGAAAGAAGGCAACGAGAAAGAAGGCAACGAGAAAGAAGGCAACGAGAAAGAAGGCAACGAGAAAGAAGGCAACGAGAAAGAAGGCAACGAGAAAGAAGGCAACGAGAAAGAAGGCAACGAGAAAGAAGGCAACGAGAAAGAAGUCAACGAGAAAGAAGUCAACGAGAAAGAAGGCAACGAGAAAGAAGUAAAAUUCUUUGCCAAGUCGGAUAAUGGUGAUACUGUAGUCAUUAAAGAGGACCAGUACGCAGUUGAAGUACUCAAUAUUUUCAGUGAAAAUGUGAAUGGUGUAGAUUUACGUGGAUGA